CAAACGAACACAGAGUAAUUGAACCCCCCAACUAGUUCAGUGUCACUAAGUUAUUGCACGCACUUGCACCUUGCUAUUUCUGUCGGCACUCGCUGUCGCACUGUAGCAUCACAAGCAGAGGGACUCACAGGCACUUUUAUCGUUAUCACCAUUAAAAGCUUUCAUUUUCACUUUACCACUAACGAAAGAUGGAGGAUCAAAACGGCACCGAUUCAAACAACGAUAAAGGUGAAAACGACGAGGUUCGAACUCUUUUUGUGAGCGGUCUACCAGCGAAUGUGAGAUCCAGAGAGAUAUAUCUACUAUUUCGUGCCUAUAAGGGUUAUGAAGGAUUCCAACUAAAGCUUACGGACAAACAAGGCAAGCCACUGCCUGUGGCAUUUGUGACGUUCGCAGAAAAACUAAACGCGGAAGAAUGCAAAAAAGACUUACAGGGCGUGUGCUUCGAUCCUGCCUUAGAUCAACCAUUGAGGAUCGAGUUCGCCAAGACCAACACGAAAAUGGGCAAAACUUCUCACAAAAAUGGCAACAACAGCUGCGUAAAUUCACAAGUUGAAGCUCUAACACCAUUGGAUCUUACAGGACUGAGCUUCUUUGCUUCCGAACCAAUGUGGCAUCAUGCGAGGAUCCCGUACGCAGACAGUCCAACGUCUCCAUUGCAUUCACCGAUUCACUCGCCUGUAAUCAAUCACUUCUCUCACACUUUACAGCACCAUCCUGUGUACCAACACGUCAAUAUGCCAUCCACGUACUCUCUACCGACCAUGGUGGCGAGUGAUACCUAUUUAUGUUCAACUUUGUUUGUGGCUAACAUUGGACAGAAGUUAGAUGCAAAUAAAGAAAACGAAUUGUAUGCUCUCUUCACAAGUACGCCAGGUUUUAGAAGAAUCAAAAUGUUAUCGAAGGGAAACGCUCCGUGUUGUUUUGUGGAAUAUCAGGAUGUGUAUUCUGCGUCAGGGGCAAUGUCGAUGCUUCAAGGAACACAGCUGUCGUCAUCGGAUGGAUCUAGAGGAGGAAUAAGGAUUGAGUAUGCUAGAACAAAGAUGGGAGAGAAGCGAUAUUCAGUAAACGGCGAGACGCUGAUACAUGGUCAUCCAACGAUGAGUGUAUGUUAGACAUACACUUUUAAUUUCAUAGAGUGAGAGACGCCAUCGUCUACACAAGCGGAAGCACAGAACACAAAACUUCUAAAAUUUCCGAGAAAAAUAGAUGUGAAAGAAAAUAACUUUGUUAGAAAGUCUUCGCUCAUUGAAAAAAAUUUUACUUUGUUUUCGUGCUCUUGCUUGUGUGGACGAUAAAAUUCGCGCCUUUAUGACUCAUCGAGGUAUAUUAUAAAAAGGAUUUUUCAAUUUUGGGAAGAAUUUUAACGGAAUUUUCUCGAGAAUUCGAUAAAUUGUAGUGCUGUGUCAGUAAUGACUUUUCGAUACAUCCCCACAUGUGCUUUAACAUGCGUUUUCUCUUACAUGAAAAUAAAUAAUUUACAUUUUAAUAUAUUUGUACAUGGCGUUUUUAAUUGAAUUUAAGUAAAUUUGUUAAAUAUUAAGUGAUUGUAUUUAUUUUAGCUAAUACCAAUAAGACGUGUUUCCAGCAAUAAAACAUUUAUUGUAAACUA